UUUUCAUAGUUUAUUUGUUAUUAUUUCUGCUGCGAAAUUCUGAAUAAACCGAUGUGUUAUAAAUUUUUUAUUAAAAAAGCAUUUUUGAAAAAUAGAGAAUUAUCAUGAUGUUACAUAAGUCGGGUUGGACCCAUAUUAAUCACCUCUUAUAAUCGUGAUAGAAUUUCUAAUGCUCUUUUUAGAAAAAUUGCAUAACCCCGGGUAAAAAAAAAAAAAAAAGUUAUCAGAUCCAGUAGGAAAAGUAAAGUCUAAAGAUAGUCUAAAGAUAGUCAAAAGAUGAAUCCGAUAGUAGAAUAAGAAUCACACCACCCCUCUAUAAAAGCUCAACCUACACAAAUCCCCCAAACCCUCCAAACAAAAAACACAACCAUCUCAAUUGUUCUCCACAAUAAUGGCGUCAUCUCUAGGCUGCUCAUCCACCCACUUAACCCCACUCCUGAACUCCUCAUCCGCCGCAGAAUACAUCUGCCAACAAAUCACAACCAACUCCGCUUUAACAACCGAUGCAACCACUGCAAUCAACGCCGUCUACCUUCUCUUCUCCGCCUACCUCGUAUUCUCCAUGCAACUCGGCUUCGCCAUGCUUUGCGCUGGCUCCGUACGCGCUAAAAACACCAUGAAUAUCCUCCUCACCAACGUCCUCGACGCCGCAACAGGUGCUAUUUUCUUCUAUCUAUUCGGUUUCGAUUUCGCAUUCGGCAGUCCUUCAAACCCCUUCAUUGGUCGUCGUUUCUUUGCUCUCUCAUCAAUGCCUAACUUUUCACUCUCCUAUGAUUACAAUUACUUUCUUUUCCAAUACUGCUUUGCUAUCGCUGCAGCCGGGAUCACAUCCGGCUCGAUAGCAGAGCGUACGCAGUUCGGAUCAUAUUUAGCGUACUCAAGCUUUUUAACUGGGUUUGUAUACCCCGUUGUUGCUCAUUGGUUUUGGUCUAAUGAUGGUUGGGGGAGUCCGUUUGCGACUACGAAGCUAUUAUUUGCUUCGGGUGUUAUUGACUUUGCCGGGUCUGGAGUUGUACACUUGGUUGGAGCCGUGGCUGGGUUUUGGGGGGCGUCUAUUGAAGGUCCUAGAAUUGGUAGGUUUGACCAUGAGGGUAGAGGGGUUGGUCUUAAAGGACAUAGUGCUACAUUGGUUGUUUUAGGGACUUUCUUGUUGUGGUUCGGAUGGUAUGGGUUUAACCCGGGUUCGUUUCUGAUCAUUGCUAAGGCGUACGGUGAAAGCGGGUCCAUGUAUGGGCAGUGGAGUGCUGUAGGUAGGACUGCUGUUACCACUACCCUUGCGGGUGCAACGGCGGCGCUUACUACUCUCUUUGGUAAAAGGUUACUAUCAGGGCAUUGGAACGUGACCGAUGUAUGCAACGGCCUACUCGGAGGAUUCGCCGCCAUAACAGGUGGUUGUGCAGUGGUAGACCCAUGGGCUGCCUGCAUAUGCGGGGUUGUAGCAGCCAUUGUCCUAAUAACAUGCAACAUCCUAGCAGAAAAAUUCAAGUAUGACGAUCCCUUAGAAGCUUUUCAGCUGCAUGGAGGGUGUGGUGCAUGGGGAAUGAUCUUCACAGCCUUGUUCGCCAAGAAAGAAUAUCUCCAAGAAGUGUAUCCAGGGCGUCCGGCCUCCUCGUACGGCCUUCUGAUGGGUGGCGGGUGGCGUCUCUUAGCGGCCCACGUUGUACAAAUCUUGGCCAUAUGUGCUUGGGUGAGUGUGACAAUGGGGAGCUUGUUUUAUGUAUUGCAUAAGUUGAACUUGUUGAGGAUUACAGCAGAGGAGGAAAUGGAAGGAAUGGAUCGUACUUGUCAUGGUGGACCUGCUUAUAUUGGAGAUGGGGAUGAGAAGCCUAAAACUUGGUCUAGUUUUAUGGGUGAUAAGCCUCCUGGGGAACUUCAAGCUUGAUUUUGCAACUAUUUUGUCCAUUAGUUGUAGUUUAAUUACUUGGAUUGGAUAGAUGCAUAUAUGUAUUGGUUUUGUAGUUUUGUA